AUGUGGGACAGCUUGAACGAUUCUGAAAAAAGUAAUGUAGCUGGCUGCAUUUUGGCUAUUCCUGUACCGGAAGCAGCGGCUGCAAUAGCGGCAGCAGCUGGCUCCGCUACAGCAGCAGCAGCUGCUGCUGUAGCUCUGCUACAAACAGCAUUUAACCCGCCUGCCAUUCUACCGCGACAUGGAGAACAGGCUAUAAUUCCACAGGGAAGAGGCCAUGAAGAGGAGACAAAAGAGGAGCAGAAAACGGAGGUAGCUGGUGAAAGCAUAGAUGAGGGGACAACUGUGAGGAAGGCAUGGAAGCAUAAAUGA